UUUUUUUAUUUUAGUGAUCAUCUUUUAACUUUCAAGAGGAGGUGAGAAGGAUUACCUUAUUGGGAUGGGGUUACACCAAUCUAUAUAUUAUUUUGAUACUCAUUUUUUUUUUUUGAACUUUUAGGUCCUUUUCUUUUUUUCUUUCACUCUUUUUUGUCUAUUUUUUCUUUAUUUUAUCAUCAUCAUGUCUCCUUCUGCACUUCUUCCUGAUGGUGUUGGUAUUGCCCACUUACCUAAUCAGCGUCAUAAAAUUGUAUCGAAACGUGGUGCAAAAUUUACUUUGAUGGUAUGUGGUGAAUCUGGUGUUGGUAAAUCUACUUUUGUGAAUACUUUAUUCACUACUGGUAUCAAGGACCCUAAAACUUUACAUCUUCGACAUACUAAACAAACCGAAAAAACAGUAGAAAUUGAAAUUACUAAGGCUGAAUUGGAAGAAAAAAAUUUCAAGGUAAAAUUAACUGUAAUUGAUACUCCAGGAUUUGGUGAUUAUGUCAAUAAUCGCGAUAGUUGGAUGCCCAUUGUGGAAUUUUUGGAUGAUCAACAUGAAUCGUUUAUGGGUCAAGAGCAACAACCUACUCGUGCUGGUAUCAUUGAUCUUCGUGUCCAUGCUUGUUUAUAUUUCAUUCGUCCUAAUGGUCAUACCCUCAAACCUCUUGAUAUUGAAGUGAUGAAACAUAUUGGUUCCCGUGUCAAUUUGAUUCCUGUUAUUGCCAAAGCUGAUACUUUGACUCCUCAAGAUUUGGCCAAAUUCAAACGCAAUAUUUUGGAUGUGAUUCAUGCUCAAAAUAUUCAAGUAUAUUCAUGUCCUAUUGAAAGUGAUGAUGAAGAAGUGACCAAUAUGAAUCAGCGAAUUAUGGACGCGAUGCCUUUUGCUGUGAUUGGAUCUACAGAAGAUGUUACUGUAGGAGGUCGUACUGUCAAGGGUCGACAAUAUUCUUGGGGGGUUGCUGAAGUGGAAAAUGAAGACCAUUGUGAUUUCAAAAAAUUACGCACUUUGUUGAUCAGAUCUCAUAUGCAUGACUUGAUUUCCACUACUGAAGAAAAUCAUUAUGAAAACUACCGCCAAACUCAAAUGGAAACUCGCAAAUUUGGUGAACAAAAACCAAAGAAAUAUGAAAAUCCCAAAUUCAAGGAAAAGGAAGAACAAUUACGUUUGGCAUUCACAGAACAAGUUAAGAAGGAAGAAAAUCGAUUCCGUCAAUGGGAAGCUCAGCUUGUAUCAGAACGUGAUCGUCUCAACAAAGAUUUGGAAGCUCAACAUGCUCAAAUCAAAGCCAUGGAAGGUGAACUGGAACAAUUGUAUCAAAUGCAAUAUCGUAAUCCUAUGAGACGUUAGGUGGAUGGUUCUAUAUUGUCUUCUCCCUCAUACCCCCUCUCUUCUCUCUCUAUUUGUUUUUUUUAUCUUCCCCCUCAAAUGACAAGUUAUUCUUAUUUUAGUUAUCUCACGUAGUUUUUUUCUUUUUCUUUUUUUCUUUUGUUUGUAUUGACCCUUCUUUUCUUCACCUCAAAUCUUAUAAUUUUUUAAAACUCAAAUAAAGACUUUUUUUCCCUUUU